AUGUCCUCUGCCAUCUGCCUCUCAGACAAGCAAACCUCGCCCGACUUUAAGUACGGGUUGGAAGAGAAGAAGCUCUCCUUGGAUGCACCAAAAUCAGACUAUACAACCGUGCAAAUACUCGCAGCCUCUUUGAAUCAUCGUGACGUAUAUAUCAUGAAGAAUCAGUUUAUGGGUGUUACAACAGGAGGCGUCGUUUGGUCCGAUGCAGAUGCUGAGGGUCCUGAGAAUGCAUUUGCCAUGUUGGGACUGAAUCCUUGUAUUGGCGUUGCUGCUGAGAAGGCUCUGGUUGAGACAAAUGAAAUCUUCAAAUGUCCAGAGCAUUUGUCCAAUCUCGAAGCUGCUGCUUUACCUUUAGCAGGAUUGACCGCUUAUCGUGCUGUAUUCUCCAAAUGUGGCAUCAAGCAAGGUGACAAUGUCCUGAUCAUUGGCAUUGGUGGUGGUGUUGCUCUUUUUGCAUUGCAAUUUGCUGUCGCUGUUGGUGCUAAUGUCUAUGUGACAUCCUCUAACCCCGAAAAAAUCGAUAGAGCAGUUGCUUUGGGAGCUAAAGGAGGUGUUAAUUACAAAGAUGCAAACUGUAUACAGCAGUUGAAAGACAUGUUGAACGGUGGGUUGAUUCGUGCUAUUGUUGAUGGUGCUGGUGGUUCUUUGUAUGGUCAAUAUCCUUCUGUUAUGAAGCAAGGUGGUGUCAUUGCCAACUAUGGUCAAACAUCCAACGAGCCAAUCGCUUUCUCCAUGUAUCAAGUAGCUCAAAACAUUGAUUUGCGUGGUUCAACCAUGGGAUGA